UUUGAUUGGGACAUCGUAUCUGGUCAAUGGCUGAACAGAUGGUCUGAAACCUUGAAGUGGUUGCAGUUGCACCUGUUUUGUUCGUCUUUUUGCGUGAGUCAUCCACUUCCAUCAACAUAGUGUGGAAUACGCCCUUGGCCUUUGCUCAUAUAUGCGGGAGCUGAAUCAGCUCUACUCGCCAUCUCCAUGGAAAAGCAAAUGAAAUAACGCCAUAAAUCAUGGAAGUUAUCAUCACUUCCAGAGAGCACAUAAAGCCCUCAUCCCCAACUCCCCCUCACCUCAGGACUUACAAACUCUGUCUUCUUGACCAGCUCAUUCCUUCUCCUUACGGUCCCGUCAUCCUCUUCUUUUCUCCGGACGCUCGCCUCGGACGUAGUGAUGUCCCAGCCAAAUUAGAGCUUCUGAAGAGAUCUUUGUCGACGACCUUGGCCCGCUUUUACCCGCUCGCCGGCAAUCUCAAGGACGAGCUCACCAUUGAUUGUGACGACGAAGGAGCUUACUACGCAGAAGCACGAGUUGAUUGCUCCUUAUCGGAAUUCCUGGCCCACCCAGACCUCUUGCUGUUGUGCAAGUUCCUCCCGAUUGAUCUUGUGCAGAAAGAAACUUAUUCAGGGACCCGUGCCGCCAAUAUCCAAGUCAACAUUUUUGAGUGCGGCGGAAUCGCCAUCGGCAUAUGCAUAACGCACAAAAUUCUCGACGGUGCUGCCUUCGGCACCUUCCUCAAAGGGUGGUCUGCUGCUGCCCGGGGUGACAAGGCAGUGAUCCCUGACUUCUCUGCGGCGUCUCUCUUCCCAACUGAGGACUUAUGGCUUAGAGAUACGUCUGCGGUCGCAUGGGGCUCGUCGCUCAAAAAGGGCAAGCCCAUAACCCGGAGAUUCUUAUUCGACGCCUCGGCCAUAGCCACCCUUAAGGCCAAAGCAAAAGGCUCCGACUCGAAAUGCCCGACCAGUGUUGAGUCGGUCUCGGCCUUCAUAUGGCAACGCUGCAUGGCGGCCGCCACGGAGAGAAGAAACGGCAUCCAAAGGCCUUCCAUCCUGACCAACCUCGUGAACCUGCGGAAGAGGAUCGAGCCGCCCCUGUCCGACUGCUCCCUCGGAAAUAUCCUCUGGAUAUCCAGCGCCAAGUCCGCGAGCAAUAUGGACAGAUCGCUGCGUGCUCUGGUCAAUGAGGUCAAGCGCUCGAUUUCAAGAAUCGACAGUCAUUUCGUCGAACAGCUGAGGGGCGCGAACAGGAGCAGCAGGAUCAUGGAAUCUCUGAAGGAAAUGAGCAGCGCUGGGGCCACCGAGGACGGGGCCGACCACUUGGGGAUCUCGAGCUGGUGCAAGUUGGGGUUCAACGAGGUCGAUUUCGGGUGGGGAAAACCCGUGUGGGUUAGCAGUUACGGGGUGAGCGGGCCGGUGUUCGUUAACCUCAUGAUUUUGGCCGACACAAGAGAAGGCGAUGGGAUCGAAGCUUGGGUCACGUUGGAUGAAGCGGAGAUGGCCGUUCUGGAAGGGGAUGGAGAGCUCCGGACAUUGGCUUCCAUGGACCCGAGUCCCUUGACGCUUGCCAAUGGCUAUGUAUCCAAGGCUCCCCGGUACCCUCGACUGUAAAAAUACAUAUUUCCUUUUACCGUAAAUGAUUUUCCAUUGAUUAA